AUGGAGCCCAAGAAAAGAUAUAAAUACUUUCAAUGAAUCUUUUACAAUAGAUUUAUUAUUCUAAAUAAAUCAAGCUUACUACGAAUAGGUAUAUAACCUUCCAGCAAAAGCACGUAGCGGCACUUUUUCUGAUGACUUGUUAUCCAGAAAUUGAGACACACAAAAUGGAGGUUCUCAGAAGGACUCAAAGUAUAGUCUCGUUCACACAUCUGCAUCACAAUGCUUCAGUGACAUGAUAGACGAAGAUCCGACACUUUCUUAUAGUGGUGACAUUGACUCUUCUUCAGACCUUUCUAUCAAUAUUGGCACUCUCCCUUCUUUGUGCCGCACCAAGACAGGAAGCAAAAGAGCACAACAAUACAUUGCAAAGAGUCGACCAGAAGAAAUUGAACAAAUCGUGAAUGUUGUCGCUCCACAUCUAGGUGAUUUAAUGACUGACUUAUAUGGUAACUACAUGUGCCAAACUUUAUUCCAAAGCUGUUCGUCAGUCCAAAGGCUUAUUCUUCUGACUGGAAUGAGAGAUGAUAUUAUCAGAAUUUCAAGAAACCCGAGAGGGACACAUGCGCUUCAAACUGUCAUUACUCUUGCUAGUUUGCCUGAAGAAGAACUUGUAUACCAAAAAGCUUUGCAAGGCCACAUCGUAGAGCUUUCAUUAGAAACAAAUGCGUCUCAUGUAAUUCAAAGAAUACUCUCGACAUUAAAAAAUAAGCAUUUUGUUAUAAGAGAAAUUUUAGGACAUGUCAGAGAACUUGCUCUAGACAAACUUGGCUUGUGUGUAAUAUUAUUAUUAUUUAACGGUUAUCGCCCACUAUAUUGGACCAAUCUCUUUCAUUUAAAAAAUACCUUUCAUACUUCAACUUUCCAUUUUUCCUCAAAUUCCAACUUCGAUUCCUUCAGUCUUUGUAAAAAAUUUAAAAUUCCAUAAUUAUUCAAAAACACCCAUCUUCAAUUCUUCUUUUGUCAAUUUACUGCAAAUUUCACUUCACCUCUUACCUUACAGAUUCAUUGCAAAUAACUUCUACUUAAGUGCAAACUCAAAUCUAAAAUUUUUCGUUUAAUCCUUUUUGCUAUUGCUUGCCCAUUGUCUGCUGCAAUACAAAUUUUUCAUUUUACCUUCAAUAAUACCACGAACUCCAAUAUUUCCAUCAUUUUCAAUAAUUCCAUCAAUAAUAGCGCCAUUUUUACCAUUUCUCCAUCUUUUCGCGGGUGACCUAUACUCUACCACUUCGCUCUUUUUCUUAGGACUUUCAGCUAUGGUAAGCUCCUCUCCACAAUUUCUCAUACUUGCAUGCACCUGAACUAGCUCUGAACUAUCUAGCACCUCCUCAUUUUGGCUGGAUGCCCACCAUGUAAAUUUUGCCCAAAUAUCUUCUUCAAAGUCUGCAGGAACUUCAACAAAUGCAUCUUCUUCAUAAUCUCUAUAGUCUUCAUAGUCUUCAUAGUCUUCAUAGUAGCUCAUGUAGUUUUCAUAGUUUUCAUAGUUUUCAUAGUUAUCAUAGUCUUCAUGGUCUUCAUAAUCUUCAUGGCCUAUGUAAUCCUCGUAAUUUUCAUAAUCAUCAUAACUUUCAUAAUCUUGAAAAGCCUCAGAAUCUUCAUAGCCCUCAUAACCUUCAGAAUCCUCAGAUGGAGCACCUUGGUAAGUUGACUGUACUGCAUGGAUUGGAGAUUGGAAAGAUUGAAAUGGAUUAACUCUAGAUAUGAAGGCUGAGAAGUGCUCUUGAGCUGGAGCGAAAGGAUUAGUUGAAGCUGAUGCAUCCAAUGUGAGAGGUUUUCUUGAUUGAAUAGCCAUAGUAGCGUAUGUUUCUGGCUUGUCUGCAAUUUGCCGCGCAGGACCAAAUGGAUUUAAAUACAUCUUUUUUAAUGGCUUGUGUGUAAUAAAAAAAUGUGUGAAUGAUCCCCAAAUUUUCAAUGAGUUAUUAAGUCAAGCGUUAGUUUUGAUGCAAGAUCCGUAUGGUAAUUAUGCUCUUCAGCAUAUGAUUGAUCAGUGGCAAGAAGAGUGCUCGUUUCAAAUAAUUAGUUGCAUUAAAGGUAAAGUAGUACAACUCUGCAUACAGAAAUACUCGUCCAAUGUGAUGGAAAAGUGUAUAAAAGAGGAAAGAAUGAGGGAAGAAAUAAUAAAUGAGCUUAUUGCAGAAGAUAAGCUCCCUGUUUUACUAAGUUGUCCGUAUGGGUGUUAUGUAUUGAGAACAGCUGCGUUGGAGUCAGAUCAAAAACAAAGAGAGAGACUAAAGAAUGCCAUAGAUAUGGCAAUCCCAACGUUGCAUCAAAAAAAGCUGAAACCAAGAUGGGAUGAAAUUUUAAGUUAUUUAAGAUAAUAUUUAAUAGAAUGAAUGAAAAAUUUGUGUGCUUGUAAAUAAGUAUGCAUCCUCAUUUGCGAUCUGAAAGAGAAAUAAUGAAAUUAAUUUUAAAAUGAAUAA